CUUGCACCAAUUGUCCACCCGCAUGUUGUCUUUUUCGCUCUCUCUCUUGCUCUGCACACACACACGACCGACCUUGCACAAAGAACCCAAGACCACCACCGCAAUGAGCGACGUCGUGCCCACCAACCCUUCCACCUGGCCUCGCUGGCUGCAGAUCACCGCGGCAGCAGCAGGCGUGGGGGCUGUUGCCACCGCUGCGUAUGUGGUGCUCAAGCGGCCUGAUCUCUCGUCCAAGGAACUCAGCGGCGGCGCCACCACCGCCCGUUCUGCACCAACCACAACGACCACUGCUGCCCCACAGACAAGGGGUACUGCCCAGCCAGUCACUUCCACACCAACCUCGGAUGCAGAACAAGCCGCAGAUGAGGAGCGCUCGGCGCUGAAAGCAAAGGCCAAUGCGUUCCGCAAGAAGGGCAACGAGGCGUACAAGGCGCGCCGCUUUGACGACGCCAUCAACGCAUACACCAAGGCGCUGGAGACAGCCCCUGUUGUGGACGAGGACUGUGCCGUGUACUACUGCAACCGCGCCGCCUGCUACCUCUUCCAGAAGAAGUACGACAAGGUGAUUGAGGACUGCACGGCUGCGCUGCGCCUGCGCCCGCUGUACACCAAGGCCCUCAACCGCCGCGCCCAGGCGUAUGAGAACAAGAGCAAGUUCCGCAGCGCCCUCAAGGACUUCACCACCAUCCUGCUCAUUGACAAGUUCCAGAACGAGGCUGCGAGCAAGGCUGUUGAGCGGCUGCUGGAGAUGCUUGGCCGCCGCGGCGCCGCCAAGUACCUCGAGACAAAACCAAAGCAGCUGCCGGCCCGCAAGGUCAUGGUCAGCUUCUUUGACAACUUUGGACCCACCACCUUUGGCCCUGAGGAGACGGGAAGCGUGGAGGAGCUGAAGCAGCAGCUGCAGGAGAAACCAGGCAACGGCGACAUCCUCGCCCACCUCUGCAAGGCGCAUCUGCGGGAUCAGGACUUUGAGGCCGCGUACGAGACGUGCAAGACUGCCGUCGACGCUCUCCAAGAGAUGAAGCUUGAGAACGGCCGGAAGGAGACGCUGGUCAGCGCCAUGAACAUCCUCGGUUCCUUCCAGAUGCUUCGGCUCGAGCUCCAGGAGGCUGAGCGUACCUUCUCUGAGGCGCUUCGCUUCAACAAGCGCAACGCCAACACGCUCAUCCGGCUUGCCGCCUGCCGCCUUGAGCUCGGCCGCACCAGCGAGGCCCUCACAGACUUCACCACCGCCCAGCGCCUCGACGACAAGAACCCAGACGUCUACUUCCACAAGGCCCAGGCGCACAUCAGCAUGGGCGCAGCCGUCAUGGCGUUCUCCGAUCUCCAACGCGCCAUCAAACUCGGCACAAAGGUGUACGGCCCCUAUGUCCACCUCGCUCUCCUCCACCUGCAGACACAGGACGCGAAGUCCGCCAUCGAUCUCAUGCAGGAGGCUGUGACCAAGUUCCCUGAGGUGUCCACCGUCCACUCCUACCUCGGCGAGAUCUACUCUGCUGUUGGUGACAACGACAAGGCCGUCGAGUGCUUUGACAAGGCCAUCUCCCUUGACCCGCACAACGCCAACCCUUACGUGCACAAGGGUCUGGUGUUUGUGCAGCAGGGCAACAUGGAGCAGGGCAUUGAGCUCAUCCACAAGGCCAUCGAGGUUGACGACGCCUGCGAAUCCGCGUACGCGCGCCUCGCACAGAUCCACGUGCAGCGCGAGGAGUAUGAGGAGGCCCUCAAGUGCUACGAUAAGGCGAUUGCUGCGACGCACGCUGGGCAGGAGCUGGUUGCGUUCUUCUCGUGCAAGGAGGCGUGUGUUGCACAGCAGGCCGUGGUCAAGGCCCAUCCUGAACUGCGCCCCACCGAAGUGCAGAACAUGUAACUGCGUAUCACACUUGACACACACCACACAAACACAAUCACAAACACAAACCUCACACCACACACACACAAGUCUAGUUCCAGACGUUCCUUUGACAAGACACUUUGUUGGUCCUCGUUGCUCCUCCGUUCCUUAUUGUCCCCAUGACCCAGAAGAAGAACAAGGAAGGAAGGAAGGAAG